AUGCUUGCUUUCAGCCUCCAUAAACUGUGCUGCCGCGAAGAUGGAGUUUCCGGAGGAAAUGACAAUUACCUGACUAUCACUGGGCCCUCGCAUCCCUUCCUGUCAGGGGCCGAGACCUUUCAUACACCAAGCUUGGGCGAUGAGGAAUUUGAAAUCCCACCCAUCUCCUUGGACUCUGACCCCUCCCUGGCUGUCUCAGAUGUGGUUAGCCACUUUGAUGACCUGGCAGACCCGUCUUCCUCACAGGAUGGCAGCUUUGCAGCUCAAUAUGGAGUUCAGACAUUGGACAUGCCUGUGGGCAUGACCCACGGCUUGAUGGAGCAGGGCGGGGGACUCCUGAGUGGGGGCCUGACUAUGGACCUGGACCAUUCUAUAGGAACUCAGUAUAGUGCCAACCCACCUGUCACAAUUGACGUACCAAUGACAGACAUGACAUCUGGCUUAAUGGGACAUAGCCAGUUGACCACUAUUGACCAGUCAGAACUGAGUUCUCAACUUGGAUUGAGUUUAGGAGGUAGCACCAUCUUGCCACCUGCCCAGUCACCUGAGGAUCGUCUUUCGACUACUCCGUCACCUACCAGUUCACUUCAUGAGGACGGCGUUGAUGAUUUUCGGAGGCAACUUCCGAGUCAGAAGACAGUGGUAGUGGAAACAGGGAAAAAGCAAAAGGCUCCCAAGAAGAGAAAAAAGAAAGACCCUAAUGAGCCUCAGAAGCCAGUCUCCGCAUAUGCAUUAUUCUUCCGUGAUACUCAGGCUGCCAUCAAGGGACAGAACCCCAAUGCUACCUUUGGUGAGGUGUCGAAGAUUGUGGCUUCCAUGUGGGACAGUCUCGGAGAAGAGCAAAAGCAGGUGUAUAAGCAGAAAACUGAAGCUGCCAAGAAAGAGUAUCUCAAGGCACUAGCUGCUUAUAAAGACAAUCAGGAGUGUCAGGCUACUGUGGAAACAGUGGAAUUAGAUCCUGUCCCACAGUCACAGACUCCUUCACCUCCUACUGUGACUGCUGCUGACCCAGCAUCACCAGCACCAACCUCAACAGAGUCACCUGCUUUGUCCCCUUGCAUUGUAGUUAAUUCCACACUUUCAUCUUAUGUGGCAAACCAGGCAUCCUCAGGGGCUGGAGGUCAGCCCAAUAUUACCAAGUUGAUUAUUACCAAAAAAAAAAAAAAAAGAAUAUUAUGGCAAGCAUUAUUUGAAUUGUCAGUUUACACUUUGUUCAUGGGAGACUGUGCCUCCUAUGAUAAAAUAGCACAAGAAGAACAUAUAAUGUGUUGA